AUGACCCUUGCAGCACACGUUGACGUUAACCAACUAAUUGAGGAUCUACGCAACGACCCCAAGCGUAGAAAAAGUGAACGCCUAUGGACCGAGAAUGUCUCCGGAUCGAUGACCCCGUACUCCACACGAUAUGCUAGUCAUGAGGAAAUUCCUAAAUUCAAGUUGCCCGAGAAGGGUGCGCCGGCGGAGGCAGUGCGUAGGAUGUUGAGGGAUGAUCUGGAUUUGGAUGGGAUUCCAAAUUUGAACCUGGCUAGUUUCGUCGGCACUUACAUGGAACGUGAAGCUGACGAGCUUCUGUUCGAGAAUAUCAGUAAAAAUUUAGCUGAUGCCGAUGAAUACCCGGCCUUGAUGGAGAUGCAUGCUCAUUGCGUCUCAAUGAUAUCUAAUCUCUGGCACGCGCAACCAGGAGAGCACGCGAUUGGAUCUGCAACGACUGGAUCUUCGGAAGCUAUCCUCCUUGGUGGGUUGGCAAUGAAAAAACGCUGGCAGGAGACAAAGAAAGCGGCGGGAAAAGACACCUCGAAGCCGAACAUCAUCAUGGGCGCGAACGCACAGGUUGCAUUGCUUAAGUUCGCUAGGUACUUCGACGUUGAGGCCCGGAUUUUAGACGUCUCUCAGAAAAGCGAGUAUCGGCUUGAUCCAGACCUUGUCAAGAAGAAUUUAGACGAGAAUACAAUCGGUGUCUUCGUUAUUAUGGGCAGUACAUACACUGGCCACUACGAACCAGUGGAAGAGAUCUCAAACAUUUUGGAUGAAUUCGAAGCGAAGACUGGUAUAGAUGUGCCUAUUCACGUCGAUGGUGCAAGCGGGGCCUUUGUUGCGCCAUUCACUUACGCUCAGGCUGGAGGUCCUAAAUGGGACUUUGCACUUCCUCGUGUGAAAUCCAUUAAUACAUCUGGUCAUAAAUUCGGCUUGGUAUAUGCGGGCCUUGGUUGGAUCGUAUGGCGGGAUAGAACGUAUCUGCCAAGCGACCUUAUUUUUGAGCUCCAUUAUCUUGGUGGGACAGAAGAGACGUUUACCCUGAAUUUCUCCCGGCCUGGAAUGCAGGUGGUAGGACAGUAUUAUAAUUUUAUACGCCUUGGCUUCAACGGGUACCGAGAAAUCAUGGAGAAUUGCCUAGCAAAUGCUCGAUUGUUAAGCACCGCGCUUGAGAACACGGGCUGGUUCCUAUGCAUCAGCGGCAUCCAUCGAAAAAAUGGGAGCUCAAAGGUUGAGCAGACCAACGGGUUGCUGAAAUAUCAGGAAGGCGAAACAUCGGCGGACUAUAAUGCAGGUUUGCCUGUAGUGUCUUUUAGGUUUUCUGAUGAGGUUCAGCAAAAGUACCCGGAUGUGAAGCAGGAGAGCGUCAGUUUAUUGCUUCGUGCGAAGCAGUAUAUCAUCCCAAAUUACCCACUUCCGCCGGCGGAGGAUAAGACUGAAACCCUGCGGAUAGUUGUACGUGAAAGUAUGUCUGCAGAUCUCAUCGACAGACUUGUAGCAGACAUCGUGGCUGUUACCGAGAGGCUCAUGGCCUCAGAGCCGGUGGAUGUGGCAGCACUUCAAACAGGCCCAACCUCAAUCGCGAGACGGCUUGUAUCGACGGUGUUGGAGAAUAAAAGUGCCAUUUCUUCUAUCGGAAUGAUUUUUGCCUGGAACAGAGGAGGAUGCCACUAA